UGUCAAGAAGCCGCCCGACUAUUAAAAUUUUUCAAUGCCUUGCCAGUUUCCUACCAAUCGCUUCGCCUUAGUCUAGAGGGAAUAAUCUAUUCUUUUCUUGAAGUUUGAUGUUGAAUGGUACGGAUGUCCUAUUCAAGUGAAAUGUUCCAUCCAGCACAGGUGUUUGAUUCCGGAAAGAUUGAUGGUGGAUAGAGACAUGUCUUAUGGGAAAGUAUGAAAAGAAAAGACUUACUUUGAUUUACCGGCUCUCUUCUCUAUAUAACCAUUCUCGGUACCUGAAAAAAAUCAGUUGGCAUCAGUCUUUACACGAUACAUUAAAGAUGAAGCGAUCUUCUGUAAGACGUUCCAGUGGGGGUAUGGUUGAUGGAGAAAAAUUGAAGACAGAGCAACCCGAGACUACUGUGAAAGAGCAACUUGUUGAUGUUGAAGGCCAAGAGAAAAGAUGGUUGGCAUUUGAAUCAAAUGGAACAUUGUGGAUAAGCAUGGAACAAGUGAAGGCCGAGUUCACAAAAAAUAUACAAAGCUCGACUCUCCGCAGCAGAAUGCACAGAUUGAAGAUAAAUUGCAAGAAACCCGAGGGGAUCCUGUGCUUGAAGCUCGAAGAGAAAUUUGGACCAUUACGUCAUUACGUCAUCCCAUUAGACAGUCUUCAUUUGCUGCUACAGAAGCAGAGUGUGCUUCAACUACCACAAGCAGCAGUCGCCAAUGUGGAGGCGGGUACAAGUUACGAAGCAGCUUCAAGCAUGCAGGAUGGAGUGUCUUCAUUUGAAGUAUUUUUCGAAAAGCUCCGGGAAUUCUACACGGAUGAAAUAAACCCGUUAAGACCAUCAAACGAUAUGACAGCAGGGACAAUCGAACGCCACACAAGAAGGUUAAAGAAGUUCUUUGAACAUGUAGAAGAGACAUAUAACAGACCCCCACAAAUGGAGGAUGUUACAAACAUCAACUUUGUUAGGGCAUAUGUGGCGGAAUUGAUGAGGGAGCUAAACGUGGGUACAGUUGCCAACCAUAUUCAAAGCCUGAUAGUGGCAGCAAAAUAUAUUCUGAAAAAAGAGGGCCUAACAAAAAGUUGGCAUGAAAUUGCAGAAAUAACACAAUUGAGGCACAUGCAGGCCCAACUGCAAGUGAGUAUUCCAGUUCACCUUAGCUAUAUAUAUUAUCCCUUUCCAUUAGAAAUUCUACAAUAG